UGUGCUGUGUUCCUCGGACACAGCGGAUCACCGAUCAAUGGAAAGAGCCGAAAACGUCGGCUCUGUCAUGUGAUCAGCUGUGUCCAAUCACAGCUGAUCGCAUGGGACAUGUACACUGAUCAUCAGGGCACUGAUGAUCAGUGUGCCCUGAUGAUCAGUGUAACCACAUCAGUACCACCUGUCAGUGUCCAUCAAUGCCACCUGUCAGUGCUCAUCAAUUCCACCUGCCAGUGCCCUCAGUGCCACAUCAAUGCCACAUAUCAGUGCCUACCAGUGCACAUCAAUGCCACUUAUCAGUGCCCAUCUGAGCUGCCUUUCAGUGCUACCUAUCAAUGCCAGUCAGUGCCGCCUAUCAGUGCGCAUCAGUGCUGCCUGUCAGUGCUGCCUAUCAGUGCCACCUAACAGUGCCAGUCAGUUCCGCCUAUCAGUGCCAUAUAUAAGUGCUGCCUUUCAGUGCCCAUCAGUGAUUCCUGUCAAUGCUCAUCAGUG